GGUCCUGCAGACAGAUGCGAGACAGGUCCUGUCACCACGCUGCCAGAAGCAUCCCUCCCAGUCUCCCCCAGUGCCUUGCUCAGAUGCCAUAAACACAGCCAGUGUUCCAGAAUACUUGCUGAUGAUGACAAUAAACCCUAGGUGAUGGUGAGAGGAGGAAGCGUGACAAAGGGACCUUAGAUUCUGAAGGCAAAGUUGGUGACAGGUGUCAUUUAUUCAAUCAAGAGCUGUUUAGCAGGCACCUACCAUACAUCUAGUAUUGUACUAAGCACUGGGGAAACGUAGCAGAAAGAGAAGGUCCCUUGUCUUCGUGAAGCGUCAGUUCAGAGGGGGCAUUAUGCACAUUGAAGUGAUAAGUGAGCAGAGAGAAGAGUGUCUAAGUCUGCCUGGGCAAUCAGGGAAGACUUCAUAGAGGAAGUGAUACUUGAACUCCAGCUUAAAGGAUUGGCCAGGAGAGAGAAUUUCAGGCAGAGGGGACAGUAUAUAAAAGCCUCGAAGGCAUGAGAGAAGAUGCAAUGGACCCUGCUGCCAACUAGAGGUAGCGCGGCACUGCUGGGAGGGGUGUUUGUGUGGGGCACAGAGGGAGGCAGCGGGAGAUGAGGCUGGGGAAACAGAUACGAGCAGCUCACAAAGGACUCUGGGUGCCCUGGUAAGGAAUUCGGGAACGAUGUUAUCUGCUAUAUUGUCCAUCUCGGUAAGCCGCCUAAAAUCCCAUCUGCAACAAGGCAGGGAGGGGGGUUCGGAUAACAAACGAACUAAAUAAAUAAAUAAGCAAGGCUCCAUGGCAGGUGUUAAUCCGCUUUUCUUGUAGAUCUCCGGCAGCCAGGUGGGUUAAGCAGCAUGAAUAGAUUUGAAAUUGUGCUGAUGGGAAAACCAGCAACUGUUUGCUGAGCCCUUGGAGGGAGAAAGCGUGUGUGCGCGGGUGUGGGCAGGCAGGCAGCCGUUUGGCUCUGACUCAUAGAGCCGACUUUGCCCAGGCAGUCUCCCGAGCCUAUUUCUGCCAUUUGGGGGCCCCGGGAUCUCCUUUCUGAGUGUAGUGAGACCGGAUGAGGCUGGGCCAGGCCAGCAGCCCCAGGACCGCAACAGAACCCUGGCACUCAUUUGCUACCCUUGCUUCCAGCGUUGUGGGGUGUUUUCUUGCAGGAAGUGGCAGUGGGAACAAAGUGUCCUGAGCCUCCAGGGGAAGGGUGCCCUGCCCCAUCCUUUCCAGCUGAGGAAACAGAUGGAGGGCCUUGGUCAAGGUCACCACAGGUGAAUGGCAGAGCUGAGGCGGGAACCCUGGGGUCUGACCCCAGCCACACCAUGUGCACAUGCUGACUUCUUUCAGACGAGCAUCUUUGGACACCGGCUGGACUCACAGGGGCUGGGCAUAUUGGAACCAUGGAAUAUUGAUCAUGAAUCUGAAAGCCUUCGUGGUCUUGCUCUGUCAUCGCCACGGCUGAAAGGGCAACCACCCAUCUCAUGGACUUCACCACACCAAAGAGCACGUGUACAUGUGUGUAGAGGAGCGCCCUUUUGUCUGUUCCGGUAUAAUGAUGGCAUCGUGAUUAUGUUGGAGAAUGGCCUUAUUUUUAGAUGUGCACUGAAUUAUUUAGGGUGAAACAUCGUUCUGUCUGUAGUUUACAAGUUGUUCAGAAAGAAGUACAUACAGAUGGGACAAAUAUGGCAAACAGUUCACAACUGUUGAAUCUACAAGGAAAUUGAUGCCUUGUCAAGAUGAUGAUUAAUCAUUUGUAUUCGGGAGCAGCAGAUAUGGGGAUCAACCACCUACCAUGGGUUUUAUGAACAAACUCCUAUUCUAUUGCUCACAUCCCCUAUCCUACCUUCAAACUUGUCUUACCUAUGGCAUUCAAGAGACAAGUGAAAAACUUCGUGAAAAAUUACUCAGACGCUGAAAUAAAAGUCAGGGAAGCAACUUCUAAUGAUCCUUGGGGUCCUUCUAGCUCUCUGAUGUUAGCUAUCAGUGACCUGACUUUCAACACAGUUUCUCUCUCAGAGAUUAUGAAUAUGCUAUGGCAGAGACUAAAUGACCAUGGGAAGAACUGGCGCCACGUGUAUAAAUCCCUCACGCUAUUGGAUUAUCUCAUCAAGAAUGGAUCAAAGGAAGUUAUUCAGUUUUGCAUAGAGGGGUUCUAUAACCUUAAAAUGCUAAAAGAUUUUCAACACAUAGAUGAAGCCGGAAAAGACCAAGGUUACUAUAUCAGAGAAAAGUCUAAGCAAGUCCUAUCAUUGCUGAUGGAUGAGCAGCUGGUGCAUAAAGAGAGGGAAGUAGCAUGUCGGACUAGACGGCGUAGCUCCUACCCUGUGACGUUCUCUGAGAGGUUACCUGCACCAGGUAACUCACCAACCGCCUGGGCUUCUGACCCCACACCAGAAGUUCCUGCUUCGGAGAAGAAGUGUAAGCUUCUUAAGGUUUCCAGGCUACGUAAAAAAAAGAACACUCCCAAGGCAGAGUCGAAACAAGAGCGGCGGCGAGGCCUUCAGCCGCCCAGUGAAGCCGUGGCGUGCCAGGGGGCACUGCCGCUCAAGUGCGCUGCUUGGAAAUCGGCGGAGGACCUGAUGUUAUUUUAUGAGGAUGAUCCGAAGCCACCUUUGCUGACAGUUCCUCCUGCCAUUGUGUCAUCAACUUCAUGGCUGUCAGAAGGGCAAGCAGACAUGUGUAACCUCUGGGAUGCGGAUGCUGUACUUACUCCCUCAGGGAAAAACCCAUCUCUGCUGACAAAUGUGAAUUUAGACAAGAAAUCAGACAGUACCAUUACAAAGACUGUAACAGAAAAGCCUUUGCAAAUGCCUCCAGAAAAGUGUUCAGCUGCAAAAAGUUUUGAAGCCUUGACAAGUUUACCAGCAUUUUGGUCAUCGAGCAAAGAAGAGUGUAUCAGCCCAAAUUUAAGAAUAUCCAAGUCAGAUUCUACUUUCUACAACCAGGCCUCUGUAGAGACACUCUAUGUCUCUCCCUCAUUCAAAAUAUUUGACCCAGUGAAGGAGACUGUCAUCAAUAAGGACUCUCAGAAACCAACACAACCCAGCAUCGCUCAGGUGGACGAUGAAAACCUUAAGACCUUAAUGACAUGGGUUUCAACCACCUCGGAGGUGACAUCAUCCUUCUCUACAUUAUCCAUGUCGUCUCCUGACUCAGCCACUCCAGAGAAGCCUGCUCCUCUCUUGCCCCCGAUUUUGGCUGUACCAUCCAUCUGGACUCUGUCCCAUCAACAGGGUUCUCCAGCCUCCAACACAGAGAGAGAUAAGACAGCCGGGGUCCAUCACCCCUUUGUUCCUCAGGGCCCUGUGUCUUUUGAUGAAGAAAUGGACAACUUCAGUCCACUGGAUGUUCUUCCAGAUACUUCUGAGUCUGUGAAAAAGAAUCCAAGUCCUCUUUCCAGCAGUAAUUGGGUAGAGUUUUCCACCCACAGUGUAGACCGCUUCACCUGUCCUGGCGUUCACACAACCGAAGGCCGGCCCAGGGAGCCCGAAGCAAACCAUUCCGUUCCCGUUCUUCUCGGGGAGGUCAGAAAUGCCAUAGUCACACUGCACGAAGACCUGAGUCUGGUGAUACAAGAGCUCAGGCUCAUCAGUAGCCACCUGGUAAGCAUGGGUGGGAACAGCCUGCAAACCAGCGCAGCUUUGCAGGGUCCCCCGUCUUCUGAGGGGGGCUCAGAGCAAAUCUAAUCAUCCAGAUAGCCAUUUCUGAUGGAACUCACAUGGUUCCACAUCCAAAACCCUCAGUUAACCUGUUCCAGAUUCUCAUCGCUAUGGCAAGAUAGGGUGACAGUUCAAUUUUUCUUUGUGGGGUUUCUUGACAACUCACACCAAUAAAUUCAUUUGGGUGGUUUAUUUUUAAAACAGAAAAGGUAUCACCUUUGGUAAUAUUUUCAGAUUUAGAUAUCAGUUUACUUGAAACUGAAGAGAAUUUCAUUCUUCCACUCUCUGUACUUUAAAUCAAAAUACAUUAAGCGUUAGUGAAAGUUGUGGUAAGACCUCAAAUGGAAGAUGACUGCAGUCCGAGAGCUUUGGGGUAACUUGGCAAUAAGAAGCCCUUUAAUCUCGACCUGUUUGGAGCACCAUUGUUAACAAGCCUCUUCCUGGAAUUAGGAAGAUUGAGUCUGGGGUACACGUUCCACAUGUUCUCGUGCGGGGCCUCUGGUUCUGUAAACCGUGGGCCCCGACCUCCCCUUCCUGUGGACGCCACGUUGGUUGGGAGUUAAGUUGAGACAAACAGAACGCUGAAUGGCAUUUUUAUUGUUAAUAUACUUGUAUAUUACAAAGAGGAUUCAAAUGCAUAUUUCUCUUCUCUCGUAUUUUUAAAAAUAAGUUUGAAAUUUUCAUCUUACAGUAUCUUUUUAAUUCAUUAAGACAGCCUUUCAAACAGAAAUGUCUCUAUUGUUAUAUUCAUGGGCAGAACAAUCGACUCUGGGGAUCACAGGCCAGUGCCUAACAACGGUCUCGCACAUAACAAUCACUGGAGACGCUUUGAUUUCGUUCUUUAUGUAGUUGAGAGAACAGUGUAAGGCUCUGCAUGUACCUAGCACUCAAUUUCAACAAUUAUCUAUGAAAGACUAAAAUGAUCCCUGAUCAUUUUUAAAAGAUAUGGGGCAUAUAAAAAAAUAUUCUAAUGCCUGGGUGCCACUCCCAAACUGACACUGCUUUUCACCACGCAAACUGGGUCAAGACCUA